GGCUCCUACGUUAGGUCGAGCAUUUGCGAUGUUCAUCGUAGUCUCCUGCGGAAUGCAUGUUGCGAGAUCGCAGGAGGAAUUAGUUAUGAUAUUGGCCAAGGAAGUAGGUAUGACAUUUGUCAAGGAUGCGGUCCAUUUUGUUUCAUCGAAGAUCUUUCCAAAACUUGCAUCGUUGAUCGGAAUACCUGUCGAGGAGGAUACCGCUGCGCUUAUUAAGUCCGCAACUAAGACUAUGGAGCAAAAUUUAGAAAACAUUAGACAAGACCUAAAAGCGGAUGUAGUACUAAGUGAAAACAUGGCAUUUUUGCAAACAUAUUCUGCAAGUAUUAUGAGCACUAUGGAAAACAUAAGAAGAUAUAUAGCAUAUCCAGAUCAACAACAGGACAGCAAGGAGAAUUUUAUGGACGACUACAAAGCAGACAACAUGAGAACAAAAACACGCGACCUGCCUAGAUUGCUUACAAAUGACAUUAUUGGUCGUCCAAAUUUAAUAUCAUUGGUUCUCGACACAAAUCAUUGCAAUAUCACCCGUGCGACAUCAUUUUUUGAGUACUGCGCGCGCCUUGUUUCAUACGGUGUCUUGGCUGAAAUACAGUACACGAGAUUUCAAAACAACAAUUCUGAAUCGGAAUUGUCGCUAGUCAUAGACUUUUGGAAGCCUAAGGACGAUCAAAUAAACAAUGCUUUUAUAUCAGCAAUCGAUGGGUGUAAACAAAAAUGGGCGUCGGUGGCAAUUGAUGAUUUGAAAACUGCUCCAAAUGCCGAUGCCUUGUGGGCUGUCAAUAACAAGUGGGUUCCAUGGCUUUACAACGACGUGAUUUUUUCAUCAGGACGAAGAUCAUUUAGAUUUGCUUACAGUAGUACAGAGUUAAGGUCAGUUGUAAAAGAUAACCUUCGCUACUCAGUAUUUUAUAAUAAUAAAACAGUAGAGUACGAAACGAGCGAUGUUCUGACCGAAAAAAAAUUUUUCUUUCGAGAUGCAAUUGAUAGUAAAGUCGACGUGGAAGCUGCAAAACAUGUAUCCGAUGCCGUUGAAGCAUAUCUUACAGACAGAGGUUACGCACAUGAAAACAUCAUUGUAUUGUUUGACGAGGGAGGACAAGUUACAGAACAUAUUUCGCAAGGUUCUCCGCUACUGGCGUUUACACUCGAAAAGAUACAGCUGGAUGACUACGCACCCGGUUUUGAGGGGGGACAGCGACUUGUGAAAUAAGCGGGCAAUUUAGGGUAUAUGUCUACUUGGAGAACAAGAGAACUGGUUCUGACAACAAAAAGGGACACGAAAUCGGCUCUGGCGUCAUGCUGUCAUGCAAAACACAUCUGAUUGCUUUACUGGCUCUUAUCGCUUCUUCAUAUGUAAACGGCAGUCGCAUCUAUGAAGCUUAACGUCAUAAAAACAUUCAAAGUAAGCUAUCGGUCAACAUACGUUCGAUAAUUGUGGACAUAAUGAAAACAACAAACAAGAAAGCAAGGAAAGCAACAAAAUAUGAAAUCAAUUCAAAUGUAUUUGUUUUCCUCUCAAGAUAACCUUCUUUGAGAGAAGAAGGUAUAUAUAUGAAUGCAAUCAAAUGCAGUUGGGUUUAAAGAUAUUUGGAUAAUACCAAUACGAGUAAAUGGAGAUUAUUCUACCAGAAAAUUCUUAAAACAUAUGGUGACUCCUUACUUUUUGAAUGUAAUAUCGAAAAUAAUAUCAUAGAUGAAAUUUCAACCAAAACACAUUUCUAUCGAAUGUUCUAUCGGCAUGGUGUAAAGUUACUCAUAAUUUAGAAACCAAAAUAAAUAGUAAAAUCAUUCUGUGGAACAAUAAAGACAUAACUACUAACAAUAAAACGUUCUUCUAUAAAAAUUGGUUUCAACGAAACAUUAUCAAUUGUACGACUACAGAAUAAACGACUUUUAUUCUUUUGAUAACUUAUGCUACAUAUUCGGAAUACCUACAAGUAAUUUCCUGAAAUACUACACACUGAUCAAAAGUAUACCCAUACAUAUUAAAGCUGUAACCAAUACAAUUAACACACCAUGUACUCAAAAAACAUUCGUAGAAAACAUAAUGACAAAACAAAACAAGAGCACCGCCUUGCGGGUGCAGACCGCUCAUCUAUUUUUCUUUUAAAGGUGAAGGGACCUAUCUCAAUACUUCAAUCACAAAGGAGGGAGGGGUGGGGUAAAGAGGGGUGUAUAGUGUGGGUGUGUGGUCAU